AUGGAGUAUGAUACUGAGGACAAGAUUGAUGAUGAUGACAAUGAUCAUGUGGAUGAGAUGAUGGAUGGUGUUGAGGAUGAUUUAGGACAACAUUCUCGUGUUUUUGAGUCUUUGACAGAGGCAGCACAAAAGCCACUUUAUCCUGAUGCAAAAAAUCUAAGGUGGCAUGCAGACGGAAGGAAGAAAGAUAGUUUGUUGAAGCAUCCAGCAGAUUCUCCUGAGUGGAAGAGUAUUAAUAGAUUGCAUAAGGCAUUUGGGAAUGAAGAUCGUAAUUUGAGGCUUGGACUAUGUACAGAUGGGAUGAAUCCAUUCGGAAGUAUGAGCUCUUUGCAUAGUACAUGGCCUCCCGGAAAUGACAUAGAUGUCUAUCUUGCACCACUUAUCGAUGAUCUCAAAAAGCUAUGGGAUGAAGGGGUUUCUGUGUUUGAUGCUCAUGCUAAUGAGAUGUUCACCUUGCGUGCAAUGCUUUUCUGCACCAUUAACGAUUUCCCGGCGUACGGUAACUUAUCUGGGUAUAAGAAUAAAGUUCUUACGACCGACCACCCGUUUCGUAAGAAGAAGAAGGCAUUUUAUGGGUCUGUUGAAGAGGGUGUAGCUCGUAGACCAUUGACUGGUAAAGAGGUUUAUGAGCAACUAAAGGGUGUUGAAACGAUCUUUGGUAAAACAAUGAAAGAGGAGAAAGGAUUAUGGAAAAAGGAGUCUAUCUUUUGGACACUCCCCUACUGGAAAGACCUAAAGGUUAGACAUUGUCUCGACGUCAUGCAUAUAGAAAAAAUCAAAGUGCUUGAUCCGACAAGACUUGAUGCUCUUCAAGCUGAUGUGGUAGAGACUCUUUGUAAGUUUGAAAUGUAUUUCCCACCUGCAUUCUUUGACAUAAUGGUUCAUCUUAUCGUCCAUCUAGUUCGUGAAAUAAAGCUUUGUGGUCCAGUGUUUUUGAGGUGGUGUUAUCCUUUUGAAAGACGAAUGGGUACUUUACAAGAUAAAGUGAGAAAUCCUGCACAACCUGAAGCUAGUAUCAUUCAAGGCACCGUGGGCGAUGAAGUUGGUAAUUUUGUAGCCGAGUAUUUGGCUAGUGCUGAACCUAUCGGACUUCCUACAUCUCGACAUGAUGGAAGACUUGGAGGCCACGGUACGAUUGGCUCAAAAUUAGUCACACCUCCAAGGGAUAGGCGCCUACAAGCACACUUAUAUGUGUUGCAUCACGUUGCAGCAGUGCAUCCGUAUUUGGCUGAGCAUAUGGAGGUGCUACGGGCUGAAAAUCCUUCCAAAGGGGAUAGGGCAUUGAUGCAGUUGCAUAAUAAGACGUUUAUUGAUUGGUUUCAUGAUCGAGUAAUAUGUCAACAACAAGAUGAUGUAUCUGAAACUAUUAAGUGGUUAGCAUUUGGUCCUCGUGAAGCUGUCAACAAAUACGAGGGGUAUGAUAUCAACGGAUUUACAUUUUGGAGUGAAGGUCAAGAUGAAAAGUCAUCAUCACUAAAAAUAGUGGUGUUUCUGUUUUGGCGUCAUCUACAUUUUAUGCGAGCGCUAAGGAUCGGAAUCCAGUGGAUGCCAAAUUGUUAUACUAUGGGCGAAUUCAAGAAAUAUGGGAGCUUAACUACUCUAGUUUUAAGGUUGACUUGGGUCAUUUGCGUGAAAGGUGAGCCAUUUAUACUUGCAACACAUGCUAAGCAAGUAUUCUAUGUAAGAGACCCUGCUGAUCAUAAGUGGUGUAUUGUUGUACCGAGAAAAAGAAGUAUCCUUGGCAUUGGCGAUGUUGAUGAUGAGGAAGAAUAUGAUGCUUUUGAGGAUAGCCCGCCUUUCAUCAAUCCCAAAAUCGAUGUAACAUGCGAUGCAGAUGUCGACACAAAUUAUAUGCGUGUAGAUCACACGGAAGGGAUACUUGUCGACUUCUGA